UAAGAUAUUGUGCAACCGAGCUCGGCUCGGCUGGUGGAGCAGUAGUUAGUGUAUCAAUCAAGUCCGGAUGGCCAAGAAUCAAACAAAAUUUGCUCAGCUCGCGCUCUCCCACUCAUGAACCGAACACACAGACCAGACCGACGACCACUCGUCUGUGUUUGUUUUUGUGUGAAUGUUUACGCUUCACAAGAAAGAACAACAACAACACAGGGCCUGAAAAAGAGCUUCAGUCAGCAGCGAUUCAUUUCAGCUUUUUUCCCCCCAUUUUUGUAAACGUACACGACGUCGACGACGACGACGACGACGACGAUGAUGACGGCCACUAACACAUCCGUAAAUAAUAACGAGCGGAGCUGAGCGCGGAGCGCUUGAAAAAAUCAGAAACUGAAAAUCACAGUAGCUGAACAGCUCUCAGAACAACAACAUCAUACCGAAACUGAGCAGAGGGAACGCGAAUUAAAGUAAAUCGCAAAUUAUUAAUAACGAAACUGAGUUGAUGUGGACAGGUGUCCUACAAUAACGGGGAUUCAUUGUCCGUCAAGCAGUUGAAGCUCCACUUCUUAAAGUGCAAGCAGUGCAUAAGCAUACGAGUAAGAAGAAGCAGAAAGCAGGCUAUCCACUGAAGAAGAAGAAGAGCGGACGGACGCAGACCUUUCAAGGCUGAGAAACCCCCUUUAUUGAAAUCCAACAGCGGAUAUAUCUUAUCGGGACAGCCGCGAAGCCAAGAUGGCGCCGCCGUCUAUCGCCGUUAGUUCGGUUGCGAUUUCAUGCCUUUGCUGGAUGAUUUCCGCCGCGGCGGUCUCAGCUGAUGGCUGGAUGCAGAGGCACCCCGCCUCGCAGAGCCGCGUACCCCAGCUCACGGUCGACGCCAUGCGCACCGAAUACAUUGCCCUGGAGAAGGCCCUGUGGGACUAUCUGGAGAAGACGGCCAACAGCCAGAACAACAAGGAGACGCAGCUGCGCAAAAUAUUCGACUCCCACAGGGACUUCAACGGACGUCCGCUAAUGGAGCGGACCUUUGAGGAGAAUCGCUACAAGCUCCUCAACCACUACGAGUGGUCCCUGCUGGAAAGGGAUCUGGUGUACAUCAGUAAGCUGUACGAAGCCUACAAGGAAGUCUUUGUGAAGCAGAACAACAGCGCUCAGCUGGAUGAACUGGCUGUUCUGGACCUGGCACGGGAAGUCCUGCGGAACGACAAGACCAUCUCGAUUCCACGCAUCCUGGACGAGAUUGAACGAGUGAUGGUCCAGCAGACGCUCUACUACCGGGCCAUGCUUGUGUCCAAAGAUCAGAUUUGCAACACGCAGCAGUCGGCCCAGCAGUUCGUGUACUCCCUCUACGCGGACAUCGCCCUCACCGAGCUCAAGGCCUACACCAUGAUGGAGUUCUCGUGGAUGAUGCUGCGGGUCUACGGCAAGGGCAACUACACCCAGGAGGCGGAGCUGAUGCGGAACGACUACGAGAAGCGGACGGAGCGCACGCUGAAGCUCCUCAAGGACGUGAUGCUGAGGGCCGACCGUAUCGUGUACCGUUGCGAUCCUCCCAAGCACAUUCCCAAGGUUACCUACGACGAGGUGACCCGUCUGUUGCAGGGCUAUGUUGAGAACGAAGUGGACCUGAACAACGAGGAGACGUGCCGGGAAACGUGCGACUUCUACCAGUCGACCCGCGCCGAGGGCUGCUUCAAAGAGAAGUACUGCGCCCGCCAGCAACGCUGCUCCGGCCGCAUCUACAACUGCCAGUUCAUCGACUCCGACAUGUGGGUGUGCCCCUCUCCCCAGAACAGCACCCGGCGCUACGAGUUCAUUGAGUACGAGAGCGGACGUGUGCUGGGACAGAGAACCAAGUGCCACCGCGGCACCACCAAGGUGGACAGCUGGUGGCGGUACCUUCUGUGGCACUGCAGCUACUGCUUCUGUCUGUGCGACGAGCAGGGCCUGAAGUCGGAUCGCUUCUUCAACCUGCGCGACUCCAUCGCCGAUGUGAAGAAGAACAGAGUUGUGACUGGCCUGCGACUGGUCAAGUCGAAUCGCAUCUUCCACCUGCAGAUCCAGGAGGGAGAGCUCAUGCCGCGCGGCGUCAUCAACCAGAGCACCUUGGAGUGGAGGCCGGUGGAGAAGUACAACAUCUUCGACCGCGACGUCAAGAAGGGCGUGGACUAUCACACGCUGAGCUACGAGAGUCGCUCCAUCGACCUGGACGACGUGAACACGGACGACAACAGCUUCGUGGUGACUGGCGUUAGGUUCCGACUGGUGGGAGCUCACCUCAACCUGGAGGCCUACUUCACGGAGUUCGACUUCAAGACUGGCAAGCUCAUCCAGCCGGAGAUCAACAGCUACUGGAAGUCCAACGACAACACCGACGUUGGCGGCGGAGCACGCAGGGAGAAGCUACGCCUGGCAAACACCGACCUGCCCACAAGGACAAUUGCCACGUCGCUGGUCCAGUCGCGGCACAACCAGUACAUCGACUUCACCAACACCGGCCUGGACAAGGACGCGGCCCAGAGCACAGUGCCGUUCAUCGACAUUCAGGACGUCGUCUCGAAUCCCCCAGUGCCCCUGUCGGGCAUCGGCAUCUACUACAAGGGACGCAACGGCUAUGGAGGCUUCGUGGGACCCAAGAUCAUCACCUACGACUUCAUGCCGCACGUCCAGGUGCCCAGGACGAAGGCCUAGGGGAGAGCAGCAGCGGGCGUAGCAGCAGCAGCAUAUUUCAUAGCUUUCUUAGUUUUACACACUACUCUAUCCAAACACUUGCAAAUACUGUCGCGUAGUCUAAGCCAGAUCGGUGCUAGGUCGGUCUAAAUCGAGGGAGGACGAGUGGGACGUCGGAAGUCGGAAAUCGGAAAACGGAAGAGACGCAGAAUCGGCAAGAAUCGAAUCUAACUCAAAUUAUAUUGAAAUUUAGCCAUAAAAUGAGAAUAAAGAGAAUCUGAAUCGGA